AUGAGCUAUAAUCAGGAUCAGAACUAUAAUACGAACGGUAUUCAACCGUCUGAUCAAAUGCAACAACAACAGGAUAUGUUAUAUGAUGACUAUGGUAAUCCAAUCAAUCCAGAUGCUGCUUACUAUCAAAAUGAUCCAUAUUACCAACAAUCAAAUGGUGGUCCACAAAUGAAUAAUAAUAACAACGAUAUGGAAAAUUUUUCUGAUUUUAGUAGUUAUGGUCCACCACAACCUGGUACACCUUAUGGUAAUGGUCAAAAUAUGGGUUAUCCAAUGGAUCCUCAAUCUAUGCAACAACCAUCAAUGCAACAACAGCAACAACAGUAUACUCCAUCACAAUUAUCUUAUGGUGAUGGUAUGAUGGGUAACUAUGCAGAUUCAGGCGCAUCAACUCCUGGGAUGAUGUAUGACCCAAAUGCAAUUGCAAUGGCUUUACCAAAUGAACCGUAUCCUGCUUGGACUGCUGAUACUCAAGCACCUGCAACAAUUGAACAAAUCGAAGAUGUCUUCAUUGAUUUAGCUAAUAAGUUUGGGUUUCAACGUGAUUCUAUGAGAAAUAUGUUUGAUCAUUUUAUGGUUUUAUUGGAUUCACGUUCUUCAAGAAUGUCUCCUGAUCAAGCUUUAUUGUCUUUACAUGCUGAUUAUAUCGGUGGUGAUACUUCAAACUAUAAAAAAUGGUAUUUUGCUGCUCAAUUAGAUAUGGAUGAUGCCGUUGGUUUCAGAAAUAUGAAUAUUGGUAAAUUAUCAAGAAAAGCACGUAAAUGGAAGAAGAAGAAGAAGAAGGAAAUGAAAGAAGCUUUAGAAAAUGGUGAAAAUACUGAAGAAACUUUAGAAAAAAUCGAAGGUGAUAAUACUUUAGAAGCUGCUGAUUUUAGAUGGAAAGCAAGAAUGAAUGCUUUAACUCCUUUAGAACGUGUACGUCAUAUUGCAUUAUACCUAUUAAUAUGGGGUGAAGCUAAUCAAGUUAGAUUUACUUCAGAAUGUCUUUGUUUCAUUUAUAAAUGUGCUUUAGAUUAUUUAGAAUCUCCAUUAUGCCAACAACGUCCUGAUCCAAUUCCAGAAGGUGAUUAUUUAAAUAGAGUUAUUACUCCAUUAUAUCGUUUCAUUAGAAAUCAAGUUUAUGAAAUCGUUGAUGGUCGUUACGUUAAACGUGAAAAGGAUCAUAAUGAAAUUAUUGGAUAUGAUGAUGUUAAUCAAUUAUUCUGGUACCCUGAAGGUAUCUUAAAAAUUAUCUUUGAAGACGGUACUAAAUUAGUUGAAUUACCUGCAGAAGAACGUUAUUUAAGAUUAGGUGAUAUUGUAUGGGAUGAUGUUUUCUUUAAGACUUUUAAAGAAACAAGAUCUUGGUUACAUAUGGUUACAAAUUUCAAUCGUAUUUGGAUUAUGCACAUUUCAAUUUAUUGGAUGUACUGUGCUUAUAACGCUCCAACCUUUUAUACCCAUAAUUAUCAACAAUUGGUAAACAACCAACCUUUAGCGGCUUAUAGAUGGGCUUCUGCUGCACUAGGUGGGUCCGUUGCUUCCUUUAUUCAAUUAUUUGCUACUAUUUGUGAAUGGAUGUUUGUUCCAAGAAAAUGGGCUGGUGCUCAACAUUUAUCAAGAAGAUUUUGGUUCUUAUGUGUUAUCCUUGGUAUUAAUUUAGGUCCUAUCAUCUUUGUCUUUGCUUAUGAUAAAGAUACUGUUUAUUCUGUUGCUGCUCAUGCCGUUGCUGCUGUAACAUUCUUCAUAGCUGUUGGUACUAUCAUUUUCUUUAGUGUUAUGCCAUUAGGUGGUUUAUUUACUCCUUAUAUGAAGAAAAAUACUAGACGUUAUGUGGCUUCUCAAACUUUCACUGCUUCUUUUGCACCAUUACAUGGUCUAGAUAGAUGGAUGUCAUAUUUGGUUUGGGUUACCGUGUUUGCCGCUAAAUAUUCAGAAUCUUACUACUUUUUAAUCUUAUCUCUAAGAGAUCCAAUGAGAAUCCUAUCUACAAUGGAUAUGAGAUGUACUGGUGAAUAUUGGUGGGGUAAUAAGAUUUGUAGACAUCAAGCUAGAAUCACUAUGGGUUUAAUGAUCGCUACAGAUUUCAUUUUAUUCUUCUUAGAUACUUAUUUGUGGUAUAUUAUCGUCAAUUGUAUCUUCUCCAUUGGUAGAUCUUUCUAUUUAGGUAUUUCCAUUUUAACUCCUUGGAGAAAUAUUUUCACUAGAUUACCAAAGAGAAUUUAUUCAAAGAUUUUGGCUACUACUGAUAUGGAAAUUAAAUAUAAACCAAAGGUUUUAAUUUCUCAAGUUUGGAAUGCUAUUGUUAUCUCUAUGUAUAGAGAACAUUUAUUAGCUAUCGAUCAUGUUCAAAAAUUAUUAUACCAUCAAGUUCCAUCUGAAAUUGAAGGUAAGAGAACUUUGAGAGCUCCAACAUUUUUCGCAUCUCAAGAUGAUAACAAUUUCGAAACUGAAUUUUUCCCACGUAAUUCUGAAGCUGAACGUCGUAUUUCUUUCUUCGCUCAAUCUUUAGCCACUCCAAUCCCAGAACCAUUACCUGUCGACAACAUGCCAACAUUUACUGUUUUAACUCCUCAUUACGCUGAAAGAAUCUUACUAUCACUAAGAGAAAUUAUUCGUGAAGAUGAUCAAUUCUCAAGAGUCACCUUGUUGGAAUACUUGAAACAAUUACACCCAGUCGAAUGGGAUUGUUUCGUUAAGGAUACCAAGAUUCUUGCUGAAGAAACUGCUGCUUAUGAUAAUGAUGAAAAUGAUCCUGAGAAGGAUGAAGGUCUAAAGGCUCAAAUUGAUGAUUUACCAUUCUAUUGUAUUGGUUUCAAAUCUGCUGCUCCAGAAUAUACUUUACGUACACGUAUCUGGGCUUCCUUGAGAUUCCAAACUUUGUAUCGUACCGUGUCUGGUUUCAUGAACUAUUCUAGGGCUAUUAAACUGUUAUACCGUGUGGAAAAUCCCGAGAUUGUCCAAAUGUUCGGUGGUAACGCUGAAGGUUUAGAGAGAGAAUUAGAAAAGAUGGCCAGAAGAAAAUUCAAGUUUUUGGUUUCCAUGCAAAGAUUGGCUAAAUUUAAACCACAUGAAUUAGAAAAUGCUGAAUUUUUAUUAAGAGCUUACCCAGAUUUACAAAUUGCUUAUUUGGAUGAAGAACCUCCAUUAAAUGAAGGUGAUGAACCAAGAAUUUAUUCUGCUCUAAUCGAUGGUCACAGUGAAAUUUUAGAAAAUGGUCGUAGACGUCCAAAAUUCAGAGUCCAAUUAUCAGGUAAUCCAAUCUUAGGUGAUGGUAAAUCUGAUAACCAAAAUCAUGCUUUGAUUUUCUACAGAGGUGAAUACUUACAAUUGAUUGAUGCUAAUCAAGAUAAUUACUUAGAAGAAUGUUUAAAGAUUAGAUCUGUCCUUGCUGAAUUCGAAGAAUUAAACGUUGAACAAGUUAACCCUUACGCCCCAGAAUUGAAAUAUGAAGAACAAGCUACAAAUCACCCUGUCGCUAUCGUUGGUGCCAGAGAAUAUAUUUUCUCUGAAAACUCUGGUGUUCUUGGUGAUGUUGCUGCAGGUAAGGAACAAACGUUCGGUACAUUAUUCUCUCGUACAUUGGCUCAAAUUGGUGGUAAAUUACAUUAUGGUCAUCCCGAUUUUAUCAAUGCUACUUAUAUGACUACAAGAGGUGGUGUUUCUAAAGCACAAAAGGGUUUACAUUUGAAUGAAGAUAUUUACGCUGGUAUGAACGCACUAUUACGUGGUGGUCGUAUUAAGCAUUGUGAAUAUUAUCAAUGUGGUAAAGGUAGAGAUUUAGGUUUUGGUACUAUUUUGAAUUUCACAACAAAGAUUGGUGCUGGUAUGGGUGAACAAAUGCUUUCCCGUGAAUACUAUUAUCUAGGUACUCAGCUUCCAAUUGAUCGUUUCUUAACUUUCUAUUAUGCGCACCCUGGUUUCCAUUUGAAUAAUUUAUUUAUUCAAUUAUCUGUCCAAAUGUUUAUGUUGACUCUGGUUAACUUGCACGCUCUAGCUCAUGAAUCUAUUAUCUGUAUAUAUGAUAGAAACAAGCCAAUUACUGAUGUCUUGUAUCCAAUUGGUUGUUACAAUUUGUCACCAGCUAUUGACUGGGUUAGACGUUACACAUUAUCUAUUUUCAUUGUUUUCUGGAUUGCCUUCAUUCCUAUUGUCGUUCAAGAAUUGAUUGAACGUGGUAUUUGGAAGGCAACUCAAAGAUUCUGUCGUCAUUUACUAUCUCUGUCUCCUUUGUUCGAAGUUUUCGCAGGUCAAAUAUAUUCUGCUGCUUUAUUAAGUGAUUUAACUGUAGGUGGUGCUCGUUAUAUUUCUACAGGUAGAGGUUUCGCUACAUCACGUAUUCCAUUUUCCAUUCUAUAUUCAAGAUUUGCUGGAUCAGCUAUUUACAUGGGUUCUAGAUCUAUGCUUAUGUUACUGUUCGGUACAGUUGCUCAUUGGCAAGCUGCUUUGCUUUGGUUCUGGGCUUCUCUAUCUGCUUUGAUGUUUUCUCCAUUCAUUUUUAACCCUCAUCAAUUUUCAUGGGAGGAUUUCUUCUUGGAUUACAGAGAUUACAUUAGAUGGUUAUCAAGAGGUAAUAACAAAUACCAUAGAAACUCCUGGAUUGGUUACGUAAGAAUGUCGAGAUCUCGUAUUACUGGUUUCAAGCGUAAGCUGGUCGGUGAUGAAUCUGAAAAGGCAGCUGGUGAUGCUAGUAGAGCACAAAAGAAGAAUGUUAUUUUUGCCGAGAUUUUCCCAACAGCGGUAUACGCUGCUGGUUGUUUCAUUGCGUUUACAUUUAUUAACGCGCAAACUGGUGUUCAGGUCGGUGAUGAAGGCAGAGUCAACUCUACACUUCGUGUUAUUAUCUGUACUUUGGCUCCAAUCGGUAUCGAUCUAGGUGUUCUUUUCUUCUGUAUGGGUAUGUCUUGUUGUUCCGGUCCAUUGUUCGGAAUGUGUUGUAAGAAGACUGGGUCUGUUAUGGCUGGUAUCGCCCACGGUGUUGCCGUUGUUAUUCAUAUUGCUUUCUUCAUUGUUAUGUGGGUUUUGGAAGGUUUCAAUUUCGCCAGAAUGUUACUUGGUGUUGUUACCUGUAUGCAAUGUCAAAGAUUUAUUUUCCAAUUAAUGACUGUAUUUUUGUUAACUCGUGAAUUUAAGAAUGAUCAUGCUAAUACUGCAUUCUGGACAGGUAAAUGGUACGGUAAGGGUCUUGGUUAUGCAGCUUGGACUCAACCAACUAGAGAAUUGACCGCCAAGGUUAUUGAAUUAUCUGAGUUUGCUGCCGAUUUUGUUUUAGGACAUAUUAUUUUAAUUUGCCACCUACCAUUCCUUUUGAUCCCACAAAUUGACAAGUUCCACUCUGUUAUGUUAUUCUGGUUGAAACCAUCUCGUCAAAUCCGUCCUCCAAUUUACUCAUUGAAACAAGCUCGUUUACGUAAGCGUAUGGUAAAGAAAUAUGCUUCAUUAUACUUCUGCAUUUUGGUCAUCUUUGCCGCUUGUAUCAUUGCUCCAGCUGUCGCAUCUGGAUAUGUCCCACAGAAAAUUGGUGGAUCCUUGACCGGUGUUGCUCAAAACUUAUUCCAACCAAGAAAUGUUAGUAACAACGAUACUGGUUAUCAAAUAUCCACAUAUGUAAGUCACUGGUAUACGCAUACACCAAGUAUAAAAUCUUGGUCUACUACUAAAUAG